AUGUCUGAUAAGGUCUACGUUUCUGGGCUCCAGGGCCACGCCAUCGUGGGAUUGGACCACUGGCAGAAGCCUGUGCCGCAUCCGGUGGCGGUGGAUGCUGUGUUUAAAACUGACUUUACGCUGGCGCUGCGGCGGGACAACUUGAAGUAUCUGUUGAACUAUGCGGUGAUCUCAGACCGGCUUCUGGCGUUUUUGGCUGAUAAUCGCCAGAAGAACUUUCACUCUUUGGGCGGCUUGGCUCUGGCGUUGUAUGGGCUGUUGGAGCUGGAGAGGGAGAAAUGCACGGGCAUUGAGUUGGCGGUGCUGGCGCCCAAACUAGAUAUCAGGGCGCCGGUGCUGUUCUCUACAGAUGGAAUUGCUGGAAAGUAUAAAAUCCACGGGCUCAAGGCGCUUACGUUGAUUGGCGUAUUUACCUUUGAAAGGCUCAAUAGGCAGUUUGUGGUGUUGGACAUUGAGCUUUCGACUGCCAAGGGCGUUACCCAUUUGCAUGUGCCUGCUGUUUCUGCUUCUGUGUAUGAGUACUUGGAACAGGCGAAUUUUAAGACCGUGGAGGCGCUUGUGAAACGGACCCUGCAGUGGAUUCUCCAGGAGUUUUUGGCCGUGGAAUGUGUCAAUGUUCGUGUGACCAAACCGAAUGCCAUUGUGUAUACGGAUGGCGUGGGCGUUUCGUGUAAAUGCUAUAGGGACGAGUUUGCUGGCGAGGAGCCUAUAAAAUUCAAUUUGGCGCCUAAAAACGGUACGUCUUUUGACCUUCCAGUGGAAGAAACAAACCGUGUUCUGCCUGUGCAAACUGCCUAUAUUGCAUUUGGCUCUAACGAAGGAAACCAGCUUCAGAACAUCGAUACCGCCUUGAAACACCUUGCGCUGCAUCCAGCCAUUCAGGUUCAGUCGACUUCGUCUUUGUAUGUGCUGAAACCAAUGUACCAUACUGACCAGGCUGAUUUUUAUAAUGGAGUGGUGAGAGUGACUUGUGAGAACAUGACUCCUCAUGAUCUUCUAAAGGUGAUUAAGGAAAUCGAAUACCAGCACCUUCAGCGCCAUAAGGAGUUCGAUAACGGGCCUAGAACGAUCGAUUUGGAUAUCGUUUUCUACGGAAACACCACCAUCAACACUCCAGACCUUGUGGUUCCUCAUAAACUGAUGUUGGAACGGACGUUUGUGCUCCAGCCGCUUUGUGAGCUUGUGCCUCCUGAUUUCAUUCACCCAGUGACGGCUGAACCUGUUCACGACCAUUUACGUAAGCUUUUGGCGACUGUUCCUGAUCCAUCUGUCCAGAAAUCGUCUGAGCUUCUUCUGGUCGUUCCAGGCAACAAAAACCGUCACCUUACAUUCAGCCAUAAUAGCAAGAAGGCUACGCUUAUCAUGGGCAUAUUCAAUGCCACUCCAGACUCGUUUAGCGACGGUGGAAAGCAUUAUGAGCUCUCCAAAGACGAUAUUGUGAAAGCUGCUCUUAAACUUAAGCAAGAAGGAGCUACUAUAAUCGAUGUUGGUGGCGUUUCGACCCGUCCUGGCUCCCUGGAGCCUUCUGUUGACGAAGAACUAGCACGUGUGGUUCCUGUAGUGGAAGCCAUUCGGUCUACGCCUGAACUAGACGACAUUUUCGUCUCUGUGGACACUUACCGAGCCCCAGUGGCCGAUGCUGUGCUUCUCUCUGGCGCAGAUAUCAUCAACGACAUUUCCAUGGGCACUCUAGACCCAGAAUUGUUCUCUGUGGUUGCAAAACACGGCUGUGGAUACAUCAUGAGCCAUACCAGAGGCACUCCAGCCACCAUGAGCAAGCUCACCGAAUACGGACCAAGCGAAGACCUGCUCAACGAGUACCAGAUCGAUCUGUACCAUGGUUUACAAGCCCCAGCGGCAGAACCAGUCGUUAACGGUGUUUGUCGAGAACUAGCAUCCCAGCUUCAAAUUGCCAUGGAACAUGGAGUCAGAAAAUGGCAAGUCAUUAUCGAUCCAGGCAUCGGAUUCGCCAAAAACAUCUCCCAGAACUUAACGUUGUUAAGUCGUGCAAAGACAUUAAAGCAGUAUGCCCAGAACGACUUGAAGCUGGGCAACUACACUUCUUUCCAUGGCAUGGCUCUUCUUGUGGGAACCAGCCGUAAGAAGUUUUUGGGUACUAUCACGGGAAGCCAGGAAGCCUCUGACCGUAUGAUUCCCACGGCAUCUACAGUUGUUGCAUGUAUUCAGCAGAAUACCGAUAUUGUGCGUGUUCACGAUGUUGCCGAGGUGAAACAGGCCGUCCAGACCGCCGACGCCAUCUAUAAGGGUAUUUAUUAG